AUGCCUCAUGCGACGAGUCUCCCAGCACCGGGCUUCCAGGCCUUGAUCCUGUGCGGUCCCGGCGCAUCAUUCAGUACCUUCACCUCGACGCCCAAGGAGAUACCAAAGGCGCUGCUACCUAUUGCGAACAGGCCUAUGGUCUGGUAUCCGCUGGAAUGGUAUAUCACAAUCGUGACCCCCUCUGAGUCAUUAGAUGUCAUCGAGGCUGCCAUGUCGCAAAACCCACAUCUCACAACACUUCCCUCGCCCAAGCCCGACAUACUGGCGCCAAAAGGCCUCUCACAUCAGACCAGUACCGGCGAGCUGUUCCGGCUACCGGAGAUACAAAGCGCCAUCAAGGGCGACUUCAUCGUUCUUCCCUGCGAUCUUGUAUGCGAACUAGACGGCACAGCACUGGCCGAUGCGUGGAUGGUUGAACAGGGUGGAUUUGCAGGAGCGAGCGGUGGUCUUGAUCACAAUGGCGGAAAGAUCCCAUUCAGCGCUGGGGGAGAGAAGCUGGGUAGGAGAGGAGGGUUGGGAGUCUGGUACCAGACCAAGGGCGAGGGCAGCAGGAAGAAGGAAGAGACGGACUUCAUUGCGACAACACCGUUACCGACACCGACCGUCCCAGUACCCACAGACUCUUUGCGCCGCAACAUCUCCAAGCUAGUGUACUCUGUGCCCACGGACACACUCAACGACAUUACAGAAGAGAACAAGACUUUCCCACUACGGCAUUCGCUCAUUCGAAAGCAUGCGCGGAUAAAGAUGCUCACUACACACCGCGACGCGCACAUCUACAUCUUUCCGUACUGGGUCCUCGAGAUGAUUAAGAAGAACGAAAAGUUUGACAGCAUCAGCGAGGAGGUCCUAGGUUGGUGGGCAAAAGCAGGUUGGCAGGAGGGACUGGGCGAGAAGCUAGGUCUGCGGCAGAUACUCCAAGGAGAAGACGAGGAGUCAGACCACGGCUCGCAAGUCAUCGAAGAAGAAAUCGACGUUUCCAAAUUCAGCACAACCCUUCUCGGGCGGCGACAAGGCAGACGAUACAACCGCGCCCACCCCCCUCGCCUCCAGAAUUCCAAACUUGUCGUACCCCCUAUCCUAGCCUAUGUCCAGCCAUCCAGCCCCAGCGAGCCCCUCAUCCGCCGAGUCGACGACUCCCACCUCCUCCUCACCGUUUCCCUUCGCCUCGCCAAACUCCCCUCCAUCGAAGAAGCCGGCCGCGGCGCCGCCUCCCCCUUCGCCCAUGCCCACAAAAUCGCGCAUAAAGACUCCAUUCCCCGCAAAUGCCGCGUCGAGGCUGAAAACUCGCUCCUAGCCGACAACGUCAUCGUCGAAGAAAAGACCAACAUUAAAGAAUCCGUCAUCGGCCCCAACUGCAAGAUCAGCGAGGGUGCACGCCUGCUCAGGUGUCUGCUCAUGGACGGCGUCGAGAUUGGCCCGAACGUUCAACUGACCGAUUGUAUCCUGGGCAGACGGUGUAAGAUGGAGGGCGGUGAUGCCAAGGAUGGUGAUAAGACAGUGCUCAAGGACUGUGAGGUUCAGGAUGGGCAGGUCGUGGAGUGGGGCACGGAAGCGAAGAAUGAGAAGUUUAUGCGUUUUGAUGUUGGUGAUGAUGGGGGGAGUGAAGGGUUUGGUGGAGAUGAUGUGGAUGGGGAAGAAGGUGAGGGGUUGGGACUGUGA